AUGGGUAAAUCUUCAGAUAAAGUAGACAAGAAGUUGUCUAAAGCUAAGGUUUCAAAGCCGGUGAAAAAAGUUGAAAAGGAAGAGUCUUCAUCUAGCUCUAACUCAUCAUCUGAAUCUGGGUCCGAGUCCGAGUCCGAAUCCGAGUCCGAAUCCGAGUCAUCUAGCUCUAGCUCAUCAUCCUCUGACUCAUCUUCAUCUGAGGAGGAAGAAGAAGAAGAAAAAGUUGAGGUGAAAGAAGUUAAGAAAGAAAAGAAAAAAAAGACAAACACCAACACCAGUUCAUCUUCCUCCUCCUCUUCCUCUUCUUCUGCCUCUAGUUCAGAGUCAUCAGAUGAUGAAGAAGAAGAAGAAGAGACUGUUGUUGAGAAAAAAAAUGUAAUGGAAAUCAAGAAAUCAAGAAGAGAUUCUAGCUCAAGUUCAUCAUCAUCAUCCGGUUCUGAUUCAAGCGAAGAAGAAGAGAAAGAAACUGGUGGAGCUAAAACCGCUGGAAAAAUAAAGAAGGCCAAAAGAGGUUCAAGUUCCAGUUCAGAAUCAUCUGACGAAGAAAAAGAAGAAAAGAAACCUGUUAAUAAAAAGGAAAAAGCAACAAAGAAAGCAUCGUCGUCUAAGUCGAACUCAUCAUCAACAACAUCAGAUUCCGAAUCAGAUUCCGACUCCGACUCAUCUAGCUCAAACUCAUCAUCAUCAGAUUCCGAUUCUGACUCCGACUCAUCUAGCUCAAGCUCGUCAUCAUCAUCAGAUUCUGACUCUGAUUCUGAUUCUGAUUCCGACUCCGACUCCGACUCCGAAGUAAAAGAAACAUCAAAGAAACGUAAAAUUGAAGAAACUGAAUCUGAAGAACUGUCAACUUCCAAUAAGAAAUCCAAACCUAUAGAAACACAAGAACCAGAAGAAUCAGAAGAACCAGCAACCUUAUUUGUUGGUAGAUUAUCCUGGAAUGUAGAUGACGAAUGGUUGAAGACCGAGUUUGAACCAAUAGGAGGUGUUCUUAGUGCUAGAGUUAUAAUGGAAAGAGAUACAGGCAAAUCCAGAGGUUACGGGUACGUUGAUUUCAAAAACAAGGCAGCUGCAGAAAAUGCAUUAAAAGAAAUGCAAGGCAAAGAAAUUGACGGAAGACCAAUUAAUUUGGAUAUGUCUACUGGUAAGCCACAUGCAUCCAAAUCGAAUGCAGGUGAAAGAGCUAAACAAUUUGGUGAUUCUCAAUCACCACCAAGCGAUACAUUGUUUGUGGGUAAUUUAUCAUUCAAUGCAGAUAGAGACAAUUUAUUCAAAAUUUUCGGAGAAUAUGGUAGUGUUAUAUCAUGUAGGGUACCUACUCAUCCAGAUACUCAACAGCCAAAGGGAUUUGGAUAUGUUCAAUUUUCGUCUGUUGAUGAGGCCAAAGCUGCAUUAGAAGCUUUGAAUGGAGAAUAUAUUGAAAACAGACCAUGUAGAUUAGAUUAUUCGACACCAAGAGAUAACAAUAAUGGUGGUGGUGGUGGUGGUAGUGGCCGUGGUGGACGUGGUGGACGUGGUGGACGUGGUGGAUUUGGACGUGGUGGAUUUGGAGGUAGAGAGAGAUCUGCUACGCCUAGUGGUACACCAACUCCAAGAAAAUCAACUGAGUUCAAAGGUACUAAAAAGACAUUUGAUUAG